GGAAGGCGGGGCGAGGCGGGGGCGGGCAUGCUUCGCGACCCCCGCGUCCCGGAUCCUCUUCUCUUCGGCCCAAAUCCGGAGGAGGGGAGAAGGGGCGUAGGUGGGUGAGGGAAGCGGGCAGGAGAGAGCCGGGGUCGGGAGAAGGACGGUCCCUUUGGGGGAGGGGCACGUGUACCCGAGUGUUUACGCGCGCGCGCGCGCGCGCGUGUGUUUCUGGGCCGGGUGCGGGCUGCAUGGUUGCAGUUUGCUUCUGUGUACCUGCGAGCGUGUGCCUGUUUGUCCCGUGGAGUCAGCGCUCAGUUCUGUGCCCGCAAGGUGUACAGCCUGGGGCCCAGGCCGGGGCUACCAUGGCGCUGCCUCCAGGGCCAGCUACCCUCCCGCACACACUUCUGCUCCUGCCGGCCCUUCUGAGCUCAGGUACACCCCUGUUCAUCCCUUGGCCAUGCAUUUGUGCGGUCAAGUCCCCCUCUGUCCCCUCCUUGUCUGCACCUUCAGUUUGGGUACCCAUUCCAGGCACCAGAGUUGGGUUCCCUUCAUCCACCUCCCCAAGGUCCAGCCGUCCCUGGUUAGAGAACCCAGGUGCUCUGUCUCUUGGCCUGCUGCCCUUCUGUAACUGGACCUCAUCCCGGCCACAGAACAGUACUAAGCCUCCACCAGCUCUCCACAGAAUCCCCUGUGUUCCAGGUUGGGGGGAGUUGGCGCCACAAAUUGAUGGUCAUACCUGGGCAGAGCGGGCACUUCGAGAGAAUGAACGCCACGCCUUCACCUGCUGGGUGGCAGGGGGGCCUGGCACCCCCCGAUUGGCCUGGUACCUGGAUGGACAGCUACAGAAGACCAGCACCUCAAGACUGCUGAGCGUGGGCAGGGAGGCCUUCUCUGGAGGCACCAGCACUUUCACUGUCACUGCCCAGCGGGCCCAGCAUGAGCUCAACUGCUCCCUGCAAGACCCAGACAGUGGCCGGUCAGCCAACGCCUCCGUCCUCCUCAAUGUGCAAUUUAAGCCGGAGAUUGCCCAGGUUGGGGCUAAGUACCAGGAAGCUCAAGGCCCGGGCCUCCUGGUCGUCCUUUUUGCCCUGGUGCGUGCGAACCCACCUGCCAACGUGACCUGGAUCGACGAGGAUGGGCCGGUGACUGUCAACACCUCUGACUUCCUGGUGCUGGAUGCCCAGAACUACCCCUGGCUCACCAAACACACCGUGCAACUGCAGCUCCGCAGCCUGCCACAGAACCUGUCCGUGGUGGCCACCAACGACGUGGGUGUCACCAGCGCCUCGCUUCCGGCCCCAGGGCUCCUGGCCACCCGGGUGGAAGUGCCACUGCUGGGGAUCGUUGUGGCCGGAGGGCUUGCCUUGGGCACCCUGGUGGGGUUCAGCACCUUGGUGGCCUGUCUGGUCUGCAGGAAAGCGAAGAAGACCAAAGGCCCCUCCCGGCGCCCAUCCCUGAUCUCUAGUGACUCCAACAACCUGAAACUCAACAACGUGCGCCUGCCGCGGGAGAACAUGUCCCUCCCGUCCCACCUGCAGCUCAACGACCUCACUCUGGACUCCAGAGGGAAACCAGCGGACCAGCAGAUGAUGGCUCAGGACAACAGCCAGCCAGAGCUUCUGGAUCCGGAGCCCGGCGGCCUCCUCACCAGCCGAGAAUGUGAACUCCUUGAAGUCAGAGACCAUCAGUUAAACGGACUCAGCAGAUCCUCAUGAAAUCCCUGAGCCCACAAGUGUUUCCGAUAGUGCAAGUGACAUCACAGGAUUCGGGCAGUAGAGCCGAAAAAGAAGGAAAACUCAUUACACUGGGUUUCUGAGCAUCUGAUAAUCCUAAAUAGAGGAGAUCAAAAGAGCUGCUGGAAUUUCACUUCUCAGUGACGUCCUCCUGUCCAGUGUUUUGAAGGAGGCGUUUUCCUCCUUGGCAAGGGGGCUUUUCUCACCCUUCAAGAGGGGCCCCAUGCUCUUCAUCAUCAUCAUCGUCAUCAUCAGAAUCAGUUUCAGAUGAGUCAUCAUCGUCGUCAUCAUCGUUUUCACUAAAGCCCCGCUGAGGAGUGGGCUGCGAGGUCUUCUUUUUCUCCUGAGAUAGGGCAGGAGAUAGAAAGGUCCAGGUAAGGAGAAAUUUAGUGUACCUUUACCCAGUUCUCUCCUAGUGCUCUAACCAGAACCCUCCCGCCUGACACCAAUUCACUGGAAAGAGAAGGAAGCACUCCCAAGAAGGGCCUCGAGAACCUUCUUCUGCUCCUCCUUAGCUACUGAGUCCCCACUUUCUAUAACCAUGGUCUCUUCCUCUGCUCGAGGCUUGGGUAUAAAUUUUAUCGAAUACGUAUCUCUUUUACCUAUUACUUAGGAGAUUCUGAGAACUCUGCAUAAACUUUAUCCAGUCAGCUUCAACUCUAAAACUGAGGGACUUCUGAAGAAGAAAGCAACUCUAAAUAUAAUAGUUAUUUUGGGAAGAAAUGGGGGAAGAUGAAGUAGGGAAGACACACUUUAGGGAAUCUUAAUACUCACAGAGAUCACAGGGAGGAAAUCUAGUAUUUAAUUUGCAAGACUGCCCAGGGUAAGCUGCUUGUAACUAUCAAAAGAAGAAAGUUCAUAAUCAACCCCGGGCCUGGAUUCUGACCAGCAGUUCCGGAGACUGUGGGUUUUCCCUUUCCAUUCAAUGGGUAUCUGACCUAUGCAUGGUUCCCCUCCCUUCCCCCGUAAGUUAAAUGCAAUGACUGUACAUUAUAUCUCAAGAUAAGAGACUCUUCUGUCCUUGGCAUUACGACCUACCUUUCUGGGCUUCUGGUUCUAGAUGCACCACCCCACCCUCAAGCUGACGAGAAGGGGUAAGGUGGUGCUUGGGCUUGCCGGGGCAGUUGGGACAGGGUCCAUGUCUUUGACUUUAGGGCCUGGAGCCUGUGGCAUGCCCUCACUUAGGACCUAAAGGGUGGCCAAUUGGCCCCCUUUAAAAAUAGGUUUUUCAAGCUUGGUUUCCAUAUGCCAUAUGGCUUACACUGAGGUUAAGAGAUGAUUGGUUCUAGUUUUUUGAAUUAUUUAAUGUUUCUUUUACAUUAAAGCAGCUACUGACAUAUAAAACUGUGACACAUUACAGGACAUCAAAAACUUCUUUGGGUUACAUUCUCCUCUAAGCAUAACACAGAUUUAUUAUACAUAGAUAAAAAUAUAUUUUAACUAAUCUGUAACAUGUGAGACUGAUGACACAGUUGCAGAAUAUGCCUUACUGGUAUACAGUUGGUAAGAAUCUCCCACAGUGUUCUUUCCUAAUUCAAAAUCUGCCCAAAUUAUUCUUGGUCACAUGGGAAGCAGUCUGGCAAGGAGAGAUUUUUAAGAAUAUCGUCAGCUCAAAGAUUAUUCAAAAGUGGAUCCUAUCUGCUGAUUCUGGGUGCAUAUUAAAUUGGAAAGAUAAAUGAGCCUUGAAUAUUGACUACAUCAUGAUGAAAACUAGAAAAAUUUAGGGUGAAUAUACAAAAUUAGGAGGUCAAUUUAGGAAAAUUGUUCACUUUUCUUUUGUCUGCUUCUUCAAAGUAGUGCUUUGCAAAAUCUCUGACCUAUGGGAGAAGACUUUAUAUACCACAGACAAGAUGCCAAAAAAUGACUUUGUAGGUAAGAUGUCAAACAGCACACUAGUCACAAAGUGGGGCUAUCUUAAAACAUGACCUUUUAGACUUUCUAUGAAAUCCGUCUCUGUUGCUACAGCUUUCUGCAUUACUUCAAAUAUUCUCCUUCACCUGAGUUUUCAAAACGCCUGUUCUUGGAGGACGAUUAAAACAUAACCAUUGGACCAUGUGCUAAGCCUAAACACAGGGGCUGUUAGACAGUGCACGUGUGCAAAUUUAAGGCGUCUUCUCAUCCCACUUUCAGAAACGGUGAUUCUCUUGGUUCAUAGAAUAACACCAAACAUCUGGGCCUUAAGACUUCAAAACUAAAGUGUCUUUCACAAAAUACUAGCAGUAUCACAACUGUUGACAGUGAACCAAUGCCACGAUCAAUCAUUCCAAACUUUCUUUAUCAUAAGAAUGACUUGGAGUGCUUGCUCAAAAUAUACAUUUGCAGGCUUUUACCUUCAAGAUUCUGAUUAGGCAGUUCUGGGUGGGGACUGGAAAUGUUUUUCUAAAUUUUUUUUAAAAAUUAUUUAUUUAUUUAUUGGCCAUGCCACGUGGCAUGUGAGAUCUUAGUUCCCCGACCAGGGGAUCGAACCCGUGCCCCCUGCAGUGGAAGCAGAGUUCUAACCACUGGACCGCCAGGGAAUUCCUAUCUGUUUUUUUUUUAAAUAAGUACCCCAGUUGAUUAUUAUGACUAGAAAAGUUUGUGAAACACUGGCCUGUGUUAUAUGAAAUUUCUCACCAAAACAUCAGCUAUAACAGUAAGCUUUAUUGCAGAAGGAGAGUCAAAAUCUUAAUGCUCUUGCCUCGUGACUGUCCUCCACGAGCUCAAAGGAACCCAAUCACUGGAGGUGAGUAUUUAAGAAAUGUUUGCUACUGAACUAGUGUCAUUUCAAACUAACUACUAAAAAUUCAAAGCAGAAAUUUCACAAGAAGCUGUGGGUUAUACUGCACCUUGUUAUUUUCCUCUUCGUACUCAUCACUGCUGUUGUCAGCCAUAGUCUUGUUAGGAAGAUGGGUGGAACGACGAAGUCCUUGGAAGAAAAGUUUUCCCUUUAGGUUAUUGUUUUUUGGGGUUUCUAAAAAAUAUUUAUUUGGUUGCGCUGUGUCUUAGUUGUGGCAGGGGGGCUCCUUAGUUGUGGCACGCAAACUCUUAGUGGCAACAUGCAUGUGGGAUCUAGUUCCCUGACCAGGGAUCGAACCCAGGCCCCCUGCAUUGGGAGCAUGGAGUCUUAACCACUCUGCCACCAGGGAAGUCCCUAGGUUAUUGUUAAAAUGAUUUUCAAAGACAGAUAUUUUUCAUUUAUAAUAUUUUAUGCUCUAACCAUUUUAUGAAACAGGUUUUAUAAGAAUAUCUAGCUGAAAGACAGGAAACUGAAUUCUAGUCAUGGCUCUGUCAAUUCAAUUUGAGAUAUACUUACUAAGUAUUACUAUGCUUAAGGCAUUAGGUUAGACAUUAUACUAACUGAUUAUCUGCCAUUACAUAAAUAGCAUAAAAUCUGCCCUUAGUUUACAUAUGGUGAAAUGAGGUUAGUAAUUAGUUAGUAAUUAGUAAAGCAAAAGGAGUGCUGGAUUUAUAGUCAGAAGACUGGGUUUAUAGGACAACUCUAUCAGGUGGACAAAAUGACUUAACCUCUCUGAGUCUCAGUAUUCCCACUUCUAAAUGGGGUCAGUAAUAUUUCUCAGUCAGGAUUGUUGUAAGGAUCAAUUGAAAACAAUUUUAUGUGGAAGGAAAUGACCUACUUCCUGGCACAUAGUAGUCACAAAUAUGAAUCUGAAUCACUGUCUAUAAGAUAAAAGCAGUAAAAUAUUCUGAACAAUUAAAAGCAUAACCAGAUGUAAGAUAUUAUUAACUGGCAUGAAAACAUGUUCAAUGAUUUCUAAGUCAAGUGAAUGCCCACUAAACACCAUUUUUCUCCUUUUAAACUGCCUAAACUGAAAGCAAAUUAUAAUGUCCACGGCUGGCAAGAUUAUAAAUGUGCUCAAGUCAAAAACCUGGGUGUCAGGGGACUCCCCUGGUGGUCCAAUGGGGAAGACUCCGAGCUCCCAGUACACAGGGCUCCAGUUCAACGCCCGGUCAGGGAACUAGAUCCCGCAUGCUGCAACUAAGAAGCCUGCGUGCAGCAGCUAAAAGUUCACAUGCUGCAACUAAGACCCAGCACGGCCCAAACAAAUAAAUAAAUAAAUAUUAAAAACCCAAAAAAACCUGGGUGUCAGGUAACUAACAAGGACCUACUGUAUAGCACAGGGAACUAUACUCAGUAUUUUCUAAUAACCUAUAAGGGAAAAGAAUCUGAAAAAGAAUAUAUGAAUAAAUAAAUAUAACUGAAUUACUGUGCAAUACAUCUGAAAGUAACACAACAUUGUAAAUCAACUAUACUUCAAUAAAUAAAUAUGUAUGACAGGCAUUAAAAAAUUAAAAAUUAAUUAAAAAUUUAAAACAAAAAAAUAAGUAGGUCAAUGACCUGGUUAAAAAAAAAAAAACACCUGUGUGUCUAGGUAUACAUACACCAAAAGACUGAAAGCAGGGACUCAAACAGAUACUUGUACACCAAUGUUCAUAGCAGCAUAUUCACAAUUGCCAAAACCACCCAAGUGUCCAUCGACAGACAAAUGGAUAAACAAAAUGUGGUUAUACAAACAAUGGAAUAUUAUUCAGCCAUAAAAAGGAAGGAAAUUCUAACACAUGCUACAGCAUGAAUGAACCUUGAAAACAUUAAGCUACGUGAAAUAAGCCAGACAGGAAAGGACAAACACUGUAUGAUUCUGCUUAUGCAGUACCUACAAUAGGUAAAUUCAUAGAGGCAAGGCAGAAUAGAGGUUACC